AUGGCAGUACGACGUCGGCCGUCGUUGCGAGCGGUUCGUUCGUGUCGCGUUUACUUCGAAACAGCCCACACGCUUUUUUCCGCUUUCCCUCGUUACAAACGUUACGAGCGAUAGAUUCGUCGAACGAUCGUUCGUCAAUGGAAAGAAGCGGAUCAAUAUUGUCGGAGGAUAUCGAGAAAAGAAAUUUGAUGAAAAGUAUACAAAAAUAUCAAAUAAAAGGAUAAUUGGAGUGAAGAAUUUUUUUUCUUUGGAUUUUUUUUUUUUUUUUGGUUCUUUUUCGUUUUUUCUUUGAAAGGAACCAGGAGAAGAACGAGGUUGUUAUAAGGAAGGAACGGCUUUGAAAGGACAAGGACGAUCGAAGUCGAAUUAUCGAGCGACGUGAUUGACAGGAUAACCGACGCGAACUGUCGCCCGUUGUUGCUGUAAAAUUCUGACGUCAGGAUCGUCUCUCUACGUCGUUUCUACGUCCAUCGCGCGAUCUUUCUUCGCUUAAGCCAGAACAAGUUUCUUCUCUCGUCUUCUUCCUUGUCAGCGAAAGAUUGCGAAUGGCGGUAAAAUGCAGCGCGCAACCGGAAUAAAAGGGAAUCUGCGAUUGGCAUCGCUGUCUGAGAAUUGGAAGAGAGAGAACGCUCGAAGGAAUCGAGCGACGAUCGAGGACGUCGGAAUUAAAAAUGGAAGUGAUCUUUGGAUCGAGAGGAACGAUCGAGAGUUUGCGAUAGAGGGUCGACGAGCUUGCACACGAGCUGGAAAUGCGCUUCGUACAUUUCGAGAGGAUUUCCUAGGAGGGAAGAGAGACCGAGUGGAGGAUCGGUCGAAAUAAUGCGAGCGAAGCGCAUCAGAAAGGAAAUCCGCUUCAGAUUGCUCAGGUACCGAGAAGAGUGCGUCGAGUGUCGAAAGAACUCCUGUCCCAUCAACGGGAGACGCCUGGAGGAGAGGGAAGAAGGGACGAACGAGGAAGAGGAAGAAGAGAGACUGAAAAAGGAAAAAAACAUAUAUACCUACGCUUCUUUUUUUUCUCCUUUUUUGUUUCUUUUUCCUUUUCUUUUUACUUUCUCAACUGGCUGUGAUUUUGACUCAUAGAAAUCGUCUAGCCGUGAACGUGUUCCACGCGUAGAACCUCUUUUUCAAAGGCUGAUUAAAAAAAGAGAAAAAAGAAAAAAAGGAGAGAGAGAGAGAGAGAGAGAGAAAUAGAUAGAGAGAGGGAGAGAGAUAAAUCAUCAACGGAGAAGAAAGAGGCGGAGAACAAGCGGGGGGAAUUAGAUCGAGAAGGUCAACUCUCUCCUAACAUGGAUCCUUCGGGAGAGGAAGGAGGUGCUCGAGAAGGGUUGGCUCGAAGGUAACAGGACGAUCGGUCGAACGAUUCUCAAAAACGAGGAAGAACACUAGAAACAAGGAGGAGGAAGAGGUCAUGUGCGUUCGCGUGGAAGCUCGACUGACGCGAAAGUAAGAAAACAGAUAGGAAAAAAGAAAAAAAGAGAGAAAGGGAAAAGAGGAAAAAAAGAAGACGAGUAAAGAAACUAGAGGACUCGAGACUAGAGUUGUCGUCGACGUUGUCGUAGACGUUCGAGAACGAAAGAAGUAAAAGAAGAAGAAGAAGAAGAAGGAAAUAGGAGGUGCUUACUGUAACAGAGGCUAACCUUCUUAUUGCUACGUCGUCCGAUUCGUCUUAAGGCCGAGUUCAUCUUUCGUUGAAAACAGAAAAAGUAAGCGAGCGAGAGAGAGAGAGAGAGAGAGAGAGAGUGAGAGAACGCAUCCACCUUCUUCUCUUCUCGCUCUCUCUCCUCGAGUAUACCGAAUUCGAUUUGAGCUGCGAAAAGCUCGAAAGCUUUCGUGAUAGAACGUGACUCUACUUGCUUGUUCGAAGCUGAUGCUGAGAGAGAAAGAGAGAGAGAGGAUUAGUUUUCUCCUAGAGUCUACAAGAUAGCGAGAAGGUGGAAGAUAAAGGAAGAAAAGAAAAGUGAAAAAAAAGAAGGAUUGAAACGCGAAGCUGGAAAAUAUCGACUAGAGUGGACCCAUAGGGAGAUAAAAAUCAGUAAAAAGAGGAAAAACGAUCGAUAAAGUGGAAUCUCAUUGUCCUCGCGAGGGACUCUUUUUUCCCUCUCCUUCUGCUUUCGAAUUUUCUUUACGUGAAAAAUGUCGAAAGAUUUCGUUGCGUGAGCAAAAAUUUCAUAGUUUUUCGUUCGUAGUAGGACGAAGAAGAAUAAAAAGGGAGAAAAAGAGAGGAAGAAAGAAAAGAGGACUCGAAAUAGUUUUAGAACAACGACCAUGACGACGACGACGACGACGACGACGACGAUGGUAAUGGCGAUGACGAUGACGAUGAUGGAUCGGGCGGCAUCAGCUGCGAGAAAGCGAGAUUUUUCCGGUGAAAAUAAUUUCCGAUGAAAUCUUUACGAUCCCAAAGGUCUCGGAAAGAUCUUUUUCGAGUUCUCGAAAAGGGAAUAUCGAACGUCGAACGUCGAACGUAUUAUUCGUUUUUUCUUUCUCUCUUUUUCUUUCUUUGAAAAGCGUCCCAAAGGCUGUUGAAGGCUCGUCGUGUUAUUUUUGAAACCCACGCGAGAUUCGAAUUAAGAAGGGAAGUGAUUUUUCUUGUGAAAAGUGCUUAAAAGUGUACGUUUUUAAUUAAUCGAACGGGAAGCAGUGAACCUCGAGACGAUGAGAAUAAUUAAUAUUUAUUUAGUGAGAACGAACGAUACGCGUGCGUCUACGUCGAAAUAAACUCGAGGAGAUGAGAAAAUAAGGAUUUGUCUUCUCUAAGGAAGAAGGAUCUCGUCGAAGCAUUUGGGUUCUUCUUCUUCUUCCUUAUUCCGUGCAAACGACUUGGGAGGAUCGACUCGGACAAAUCGACGUGUUCUCUCAGAGAGUUAUCUGUACCGAGGAGAGAAAGAAGGAAAGAGAAAGAAAGAGGAAGAGAGAGAGAGAGAGAAAGAAGGAAGAGAGGGAGAAAGUCUUCGACCCCGAGAAGGAAGGAAGCAAUGGAACGGUUUUUUGCGAAAGCACGUUAGAGAGCGAACGAGAAGAGAAAAGGAGAGAAAAUAUCAUUUUCUCGAGAAUGGAGUUUCAUGGUGGCGUCGGUAGGGUACCGGUAAAUCCCUCGUAUCAUCGUCGUCAUCGUCGGCAUCGUCAUCUUCUCGGUUUCGCGAAAAAGGAAGAUUCUGAUCGCGAAGUGGCCGAGUCGAAUUAAGAUGCGAGAAUUGAACGCCAGUGCAUGCACUGCUUUGUACGAGGGCGUAGAGUGGUCCGGCCCAUGGAUCCUGCUCACCCUGAUCACUCUGGCGAUCGUCAACGUGAUGGUCGUGCUCGGUAACGUCCUCGUUAUACUCGCCGUCUAUUACACGAGCAAGCUCAGAAACGUGACGAACAUGUUCAUCGUCAGUCUUGCUGUAGCCGAUCUCUUGGUCGGACUCGCCGUUCUUCCUUUCAGUGCCACUUGGGAAGUCUUCAAGGUCUGGAUAUUCGGUGAUCUAUGGUGUUCGGUUUGGCUAGCCGUCGACGUUUGGAUGUGCACCGCGUCGAUACUGAACCUUUGUGCAAUCAGUCUCGACAGAUAUCUGGCGGUGACCAGACCCGUCAGUUAUCCCCAGUUGAUGUCUCCGAAACGAGCAAGGCUUCUGGUCGCCACAGUCUGGGUUCUGAGCUUCGUCAUCUGUUUUCCACCCCUGGUGGGUUGGAAAGAUAAACGGUCUCAUCCUACGCACAACGUGACGUUUACGCAGAACGGCCCCUUCAACACUACCACCAUCAUAGUGCCGGUGAAACCGUGUCCGUGGAUCUGCGAGUUGACCAAUGACGCCGGAUACGUCGUUUACAGUGCUCUAGGCUCCUUCUACAUACCGAUGUUAGUAAUGCUCUUUUUCUAUUGGAGAAUCUACAACGCAGCCGUUUCCACAACGAAAGCCAUCAAUCAGGGCUUUCGUACCACAAAGGGUUCCAAAAUGCUCGGAUCGAGAUUCGACGAACAGAGAUUAACGUUGAGGAUACAUCGAGGACGCGGAAGCGUUCACAACGGUAGUAACAACGGUAGCCCAAGAAGCCCGGAUUAUUCUACUCGCAGUUCCGUCAGAAAGGAAAAGAUCAAGAUCUCGGUAUCGUAUCCGAGCACAGAAACAUUAAACACGAAGUGCAACACUCUCGAGAGGACUCCUUCGAGAUGUUCUCAAGUUUCCGUGCAUUAUAGUAACGGACAAACGCAGACUCAGCUAUGUUCGAGUUCGAGGAGUACGCAUUUGAAGGUCGGCGGUAUAAACAGAGUAGGCAGUAUGAGGAGACCCAGCAGAAGGAGUAGCUGCGAGAGUCAGUUGACGGGUGACGAGGUAACGCUACGGGAACUAGCUCAGGGCCAAGAGGAGAAGCCUAGGAUGAUGAAGAUGGGUAAACGAAAUAUAAAGGCACAGGUGAAGAGAUUUCGAAUGGAGACAAAAGCGGCAAAGACCUUGGGUAUCAUAGUCGGUGGCUUCAUACUCUGCUGGCUGCCAUUCUUCACGAUGUAUCUCCUACGUGCGUUCUGCCCGAAUUGCAUCCACCCAACCGUCUUCAGCGUACUAUUUUGGCUAGGAUAUUGCAACUCCGCGAUAAAUCCUUGCAUCUACGCGCUCUUCAGCAAGGACUUUCGCUCGGCCUUCAAGAGAAUAAUCUGCAGGUGCUUCUGCAAACGGCGAGCCAACACGUUACGGCGCGGUAGCGACGGCAGCCAAUUGGCGAUGAGGUGGGAGGAACAAAGUUACAAGAAGCGAGAGAAGUCCAAGUUGUACAAUGCGUGUGCAGCGGCAGGGCGUUUCCAUGGACGACUCCGACCAGGAUCCCGGAUCAGAACCGACUGUACAUUCGACGAGCGAGUCCAGAUGACUCUAGCCGGUCGGAGCUGGUGCGCACCGCGUCACCUUUGACCGCAGAACUUCAACGAUCAGGAUACGUUCGUCCUACAGAGCUUGAGACCCUUCUCUUUCUCUUUUUCUCUUUCUAUCUCUUUCUUUCUCUCUCUCUCUUUCUCUCUCUUUCUCUCUCUCUUUCUCUCUCUCUCUUUCUCCAUCUCUAUCUCUAUCGCUAUCUCUCAUUAUUUCUCACUCUUUCAUUCCGUCUCUUUGUCCCAAAAAAAGGAUUCGUUUAAACGCAAAUUUAAACGACGCGAACACAACGACGAUUGUGGACGAGAUAGCAACUUGAAUAAUGAGAUAAUGAUCGACGAUUGAAUACUACGCGCGCGAAUAAUGUAAUUAGUCGAGAUCAUGAGAAAAAGGGAGAGGAGAAGUAGUAAAAGGAGGAGAAAGAGAAAGAGGAGGAUGAGGGGAGGAGGAGGAGAAGACGGGCAAGUGUCCUAAAAUACGCGUUUACAUUAGAUAUCGUAAGUAUUAUUAUAAAUGAUUAUUAUAUCGUCAUCGUAAGUUUUCGAAUCGUGACGAAGGAAUUCUAUGGAGACAUUGAUGAUAGGUAUAUAACCGCGCACAUACACGUGUUGUACAUAUCACAAAAUAUUUCGUGUAUACACGGUGAGAUAAUGUUAAGUAAGAUUAAGUCAAAAGUCGACAGUCGUUAAUCUUCUCUACGUCUAAAUGGUGUUCGUUGAAUCGUGCAAAUCGUGUGUUCCCUUCGCCCCGCGUUUCUCCAGCCGAUAUACAUACGUACAUACAUUCAUUCAUACAUACAUAUAUACGUACAUACAUACUUACUUUUGUUAUAUCUUCUUUUUCUUUUCUCGUCCACGUUUUUCGCAUCGAUAGAUAUUUCCUUUUUUGCGGAAGAAAAAGAGAAAGGAAGAAGGAAAUAAAAGAAAGUCCUCACGCUUAAGAGAAAAUCACUUGCGAUUCUUUUCGGCCGAUUGCGUAUUAUGCAAAAGGAGAAGAAAAGCGGCUAGAAAAGUUAGCAGCGAAUAUAAUAUGCGCGAUUAAUGUAUUAUGUGAUAUACCGUUAUGAAUAACGUUACGAACGAAUGCAAAUAAACAAUGUGAAUACGUGCGAAUAAAGUUCCGAGUCCAUUGA